GUAUCAUGACCUAGUUAUUAUUGUAGUAUAUAGUGCUCUCAAACACACAUUCAAUAAUCUGUCCCUUUCUCUUCUUUUUUCGCUCUUCACCAUGAGUAGCAGCGGCGGUGAUGGUAGUGGUGGUGGUGGUGGUGGUGGUGGUGGUCAAGGCUUUAGGGGUUUGAUCCCGGGUAAUGUAAAGAAAACGAUCCAAAGGAUUAGGGAGAUUAUAGGAAAGAAGCUCAGCGAUGAAGAUAUCUAUUCAGUGCUCAAAGAGUGCGACAUGGAUCCUAAUGUGACCGUCCAGAAGCUCCUUUGUUUAGGUAUUGGUCAAGGCUUUAGGGUUUUGAUCCCGGAUAAUGCAAAGAAAACGAUCCAAAGCAUUAGGGAGAUUACAGGAAAGAAGCACAGCGAUGAAGAUAUCUAUUCACUGCUCAGAGAGUGCGGCAUGGAUCCUAAUGAGACCGUCCAGAAGCUCCUUUGUUUAGAUACAUUCCAUGAAGUGAAAAGCAAAAAACGUGAUCGGAAAAAGGAGCCAGCUGGCACACAGGGACGAGGGACCCGAGGAAACUAUUACUCUAAUUCUACCUUGUCUGAUGUUGAAGGGGGAAGGAAUGCACCUGCGCGAAGGGAAAAUGGGAUUAAUCACAUUACAGAUAGAGGUUCUAUUCCCUUGCCAGUUUCACAGAGAGGGAAAAAUAAUCCAGUUUAUAACAUCAAAAGAACUCCAACUGCUGACCCCAAUGGCACAGAAAAUUUAUCCAACAGGAACUCAAUUCAUGCACAAGUGACCAAAAUGCCUGCCGAUGGUGAUAGUAAAGGGACCAAGGUUGCUUUACCUGUUAAUGUGAAAAAGUCGGCCGCUGCCACAGUGUUACUGGGCCUGCCAGCUGUGAAGGAAUCUUCUAACUCUGUUUCACUUCAGACACUGGCCUCAUUGGUUUGUAAUCAAGAGAAGCCCAUACUAAGUUCAAAAGAGUCCUCAACUGCUGCCAUAACUCCUGUAUCUGGUGUCUAUUCCCCUGCUUCAGAUCCUGCAUUGGCACCAUCUUUGCCUCACCAUGCUGGUGCAGUUGGCACAGUUGAGCAUGAAGUAGGUAGGCAGCAGGAAGCUGUAGUCAACCAUAUUCAAGGAAAUAACACAAUCUCCAAUGAUUCAAACUCUGUACACUCAGAUAAGGCCCCUCACAUACCAAAUGCUGCUGAACAGAUUGACCCUUCUGUGUCUGUAGAACCCUCUUUACCUGAAGCAAAUACAUCAGAGGUUGCAACUGUUGCAGUUAAAGAUGGUUCUAAAUUGCCUCUAAGUUUAAAUACUCUUGAUGGUAAACAUGUUACUUUUCCUACCCACUUCCAAGUCUCUGAAGCAUUAAAAACUGGCUUGACUUUUGGAAGCUUUGAUCCUAGUUUUGGACUACUAAUGACAUAUAACAAUGAUACCAAUGGUGAGAUCAAUUCAGUGCAUGCUGUUGAGUCUUCUCAAGGAAGUGAUGUAACUGUUGAAGAACCUUCUCCCAGCAAUCAAAGUGUAUCAUCAGCUUUGCAAGGAGAUGCUUCUGAACAACCACAAAUUCCUACUGUGUUUGAGAAAGUGCUUGAAUCAGAUGGCAACAAUUUAUCUACUGCUGACUUGAAAAAUAUUCAGUCAAAUAAGGAAAUGAGGGUACAGUCAGAAAGUAAUCAGAGCCAAAAUGUCCCAAGCUAUAAUUUUGGCUUCAUGCCACCCUUGUCGACAAGCCACUUUGUGCAGUUUAAUGGACCUGCAGCUCAGGCACAUGAUGUUUCUUGCUUUUCAAACGGUGUUAAUGGUAAUGCUCCAGCUUCUUCUAGUAGUUCAAUGCCACCAGUUUCCAGCUCUGUUGCUGUCCCUCCACAAGCAGUUCCUCUUUUCAGGCAGUCAUUCCCUCCUAACUACUUCCCUUAUGGCCAUUAUCUUUCACAUUUCUUAAUACCACCAAUACACCAAUUCUUUGGCCCUAAUGGUCUCCCUCAGCAACCUUCAACUGGCAAUAUCUAUCUGCCACCAGGAGCACCUUCUUCUGGGGUCAAAUUCCCUCUCCCACAAUUCAAGCCUGGAACAAAUGCUGGAGGUGCGACUCACAUUACAAUUCCUUCUAGCUAUGGUUCAUAUAACCCUCCUCUUGUUGGUUUCAAUCCUGUUCCUGUUGCAUCCUCUGGGGACUCUACUGGUGAGGAGGAUCUAGCAGCUUCUCAGUUGAAGGAAAAACGUGUGUACACAACAGGAACAAUGAGUGAAGGUCCAGCUCUCUGGAUGCCAACACCAGGGCAAGAGUUAUCAAACUUGCCUCUUAGUUCAUUGAUUAACCUUUCCCUUCAGGGACAUGUUGCUUUCUCUCCUGCACAGGCCGGUCAUGGUGCCUUUGCUGGACUUUAUCAAACAGCACAGACAAUGGCAGCUCCUUUAAGUGUCAAUCCCCCCCACCAACAAUCACAACCCACAGCUGCUGAAACCAUGGGACCCCCAACUGCUUAUCAACAGCCUCAACUUCCACAGUUAACUUGGAAUGCUAAUUACUGAACUACAUAAUUUUAUGGAAUGGGGCCUAAUGUUGAGCAGGAAUGGAGGAAGAUUGGGAGAGUUAAACACCUGGCUUGCUUUUGAGUGUAAAUAGUACAGGCAUGGCAGCAAUUUUAGUGUGAUAUCAGUGGUGGGGAAACAUGUUCAACCUAUUUGAAGAAGCAUUGACAGAAAUGGAGCUUGUUGAGGGCUUUUUUUCCUUUUUCUUUCUUUUUUUUUUUUUGGUUGGUUACCUUUUCCCCUCAUUCCUGGGUAGCAAACAUUUUGCAGUUUCUAUUCAAGUUAUUCUUCUGAAGAUUCUAUAGGAAAUUUUUAAGGAGGUGAAUAGAGUAGGUGGGAUUUUUGCCAAAUUUUCAUUUGUAAUGUCUCACCUGUAUAUUAGAUUUUGAUAGCAAGGGAUUAUGUAGCACUGAAAUUGGUAUAUGGAAAGUACUAUUUAAAAAAAAAUGGCAAAGGUA